GGUUAGUUGUGAGUUUUUGAGACACAAUAACAGGAUCAGACGUCCGGCAGCAGCAGAAUGUCUUUUAUUUGUUAUGGUUUGUUUCCUUCAGUAUGAACUGCUCUUGUUUAUUAUGUGAUGAUUUAUGAGGGUUGAUCUGAGCCAGACAAGCUGUGUGACUAUCUGUCAAACAACUAAAGGAAUAUUAGUUCAGUUGUGAGCAAGGUAUGACACAUGUAUGUACGCACACACAGAGACAACAGCACAUUGUGUGUUUUAAGUACCAACGCAGUGCACACACUACUAACACAAUUCAUCUCUUCUGUUUCAGGUGUAUAAGAUGUGCAGUAACACUUUCGACACCUACGACCAGCACUAUGGGAGGGGGCUGCUGAAAGACUCCAUUAAAGAUGGUCUGGCUAAAUUCUUCCAUAACGGUGUGAGUCUGAGGAAGGAUGCGGUGUCGGCGAGUAUCCGCAGAGUGCAGCGAAUCCUCCGCUGGUUUGAGUCUCAGCAGCAGCUGGCCUUCUACGCCAGCUCCCUGCUGUUCGUCUACGAGGGCCUCCCCUCCUCUUCGUCCCCUCUUUCCUCACUGCUCGGCACGCCAUCCAUGAGCCCGACUGCAGGGCACACCGCCACGCUGUCAUCGGCAGGUCACAGCGAUCAGCGUGGGGAGGGGGACGCCAGACCAGAAGGGGCGAGGCAGGAAGAGGAAGUGGCCGAGUUCAACAACAACAACAACAUUCAGGCACCCUGGGACUACAGCCUGGAAACCAUUUACACCAAUCACAGAAAAGGAGGCCACCAACACUGUGCCAAGGGUUGCCUAGGCAACAGUGGAGACGGGGAUGGCGCGGAGACGAAGGCGAGCUUGGACUCUGCACCUUGUGAGGAAGAUAACUCUGCGUGGAAAAGAACAGGUGAGUCGCUACCAGCGCCCAAUGCAAACGGAAACAAAUCACAACUGGAAGGGAAGGGCGAGGACGGAGAGGGGGGGAGGAGGAGAGAGGAGGAGGAACUAAAAGGACGAGGAGGCGGGGCAACAGAGGGGGCGGGCGGAGACACAGAGGUGGAGGUCAGGAUGAUCGACUUCGCCCACGUGUUCCCAAGCGAAUGCCACGACCGCGGCUACAGCUACGGCCUCAGACACCUGCUGAUGGUGCUGGAGCAGAUCCUCUGCGACACCGCGUAGAGGUCUCACUCCUCCCCAGAUCUCUUUACCUCCUGUGAACCUCAUCCCUCCUGACUUCUCAAUUAAAGACAGAGAUGGAGAAUCAAAGACGUGAAUAUAAAAAACAUCAUCGUCAUCAUCUCACCGUCGGGGAUGGUUCGUCAAUUGUGUGUGUGUGUGUCUGUAUGUCUCUGUGUGUCUGUGUUUGUGUGUAAGCGAGGUGGAGACAGUAGAAGCUGACCGUUGUGUGUUCCCUGUGAUCAGCAGCACUACAUGCACUAAUCAAUCCAUGAAGGCAUUGCGACCCGGAACUUAAACGCAACGUCUCCAGAUGCAAGAUUUACAGAUGCUCACACAACUCAAUGUGACUUUAGUCCAUUUGAAAUGCAGCAAUAGGGCAUUUUUAUAUCAUGGCCAAAUAUAUAUAUAUAUAUAUAUAUAUAUAUUUAUAUAUAAUAUCAAAACAUAUAUAUAUAAUAUAUCAUUAGAAUUUGUCAGAUUUUUCUACACCGCUUAUACUGUUAUAGCUGUUCCCUUUAAAUAUCUCUGGUUGUAUCAGCCUAUUGCAGUGCUGCAAAUCAAUACGCAGCAGUGUAAUGGCAAUAUCCAUUUUACAUGAUUUUUCCAUUUAUUUAUUUAAAGUAGUUAGAUUUACUGUUAUGCAAUUCACUAGAAAAGUCUGAAGCAAAUAUUGCCAAUUGUGUGUAUUUGGUUAAAGAGAGGUGUACUGUUGGAUAUGCAGUCAAACUAGAAAACUACCCAACUUUUAGACCACUUUUUUAUCCUCAUCUUGGAUUUGGUUCAUAUAGGUUAAAUAAUUCAACGAAAAUAAGUGUUUCCGUUGGUACCCAUUGAACCCAAAAACAGAAAAGGCACAUUAAUGGCCUCUUGAAGUGUGGGCAGCGCGUAAAACAGGAAGUCUGGAGGCGUUGAGGUUUAAGUCGGGUCGUCAUUUUGUGUUUUUGUUUAAACACUGUCUACAGGUAUCUAACUCAGGUAAAUGUACUGUAAGAAAUAAAUACUUAAUAUUACUACUAUGACCGUGUCCGCAGGAUGAUCCUCAUGCUGUGUGCUCGUUCAGCUUGAUGUGUUGUGUACUCCAUGUUUCUCUGAUCUCAAGUCAUGUUCCUGCCUCUCAUGACCUUCCACGUCUUAUUAGCUUUUACCAUGGCUGUUUUAAUCGUUGUAAAUGUUCAGCUGCCAAACCCCCCCCCCAACCUCUUCUGAGACCCUGAGCUCUGUGCUGUGUUUAUUGCAGUUACUUGGUGCCCCCCCUCUCUUUCUGCCCUAGUUUUAGGAACGACAUUAUAUUGUUGUACUCAUUUGUUUAAAGAAAAGGUUUAUCAGAAGAUAACACUGCUCAUUGGUUGGUCUUUAGUUCCGUUGCUCUGGCGUUACCCAUGAGCUUUUCUAUGAUUGAGUUGUUAUAAUGUGAGUUAUUACUGGGCAACAAUAGGAACUACUUCCCUCCCAAGUUCUGGAUAGUUUUUCUGUGUUUAAGGGCAAAAGAGAGAUGUUAUACUGGAAAAGACAUGAUGCUGUGCUUGGUUGUCAUGACGAUACAUACUAGUGUGAUAAAACUUCCCUGAGGAUUUUAAGAUUGUAGAUAUUUGAAACGUGCUGCUUUAUGCGAGCCGCCUGACAGACUCAGCAGAGGGACAGAAUGCUAAAGAGAGAGUCGCCUGACAGACUCAGCAGAGGGACAGAAUGCUAAAGAGAGAAGACAGCCAACGAAUGCUUUCAUGUCAUGUUCAUUUUAUUUGACUUUGAUUUGGUUCUGGCUUGGUGCAGAUGGGCAGUCAUUUUAAUGUACUGGUUGUGAGAAGUCAGCACGUCCUUUUUACACUAAUAUCAGUUGAACUGAUUUAUGUUGCUUUUUUAUUUUGUUGGGUUGAAUAAUAUAGUUUUUUAGGCGAAUGCACCCUCUGAAUCUGCAGAUAUUCUGUAUGCAUAUCACAGUUCUUACUACUAUCCUGCCAGGUAUGUUAAAGAUUAGCAAACGUUCCAUUUCCACCGAUGAUAUUCAUUGAGCUGUGAAUUGAUGGAAGCCCAAAGCUGCCUCAGUUGCUACCAAUAUUUUCUAUAUUUUCUUGAGAAUAUGUUUUCAUUCAAUCGUGAGUUCCAUUUCUCAUAGCUUAGUUUGAUUACAAACAUUUUAUCUCCAGUUUCUGGAGCUUUCAGCCACGUCUCAUCGUCUUCAUCAGCAGAUUGUGUUUCCUCAAUUAAAGGACACACUGUAGGCUUUGGAAAAUAAAUAGUAAGUGGACCAAAUUAUUAUAAGCAGCUGUUUCCAUUUUCUAUAUAUAAACCUUAAACUUUAUUUUUUUUAUCCUGAGAUUUACAUGAUUUGUUUACAAUCUGAAUUACUCCAUGAUGAAACACACUCAAAAUGAGAAUAUAAGGCAGAGGGAUUGGAUUUGAGUCCAAACAUGUUUGGAAAUAUCCACCACUAAAUUACAAAGGAGUGGUGCAGGAAUGAGUCCUUAAAACCCAGAAAUGAGUCAGCAUUUUACCGCUUCUGGAUCCCUCGUCUCGGAGAGUUGUUGUAACAUGUUUGUGAUUAGAUGCCUGAAAUAAGGUCUGUGGGUAACACCACCGGAAGAGACUUUUUGCGUUUUGUUUUAUGACAUCAAAUAUGUCAGUAAAUACCCCACUGUAAAUAUUCAAAGCUUCUACAUCUCAUUAAAAACUGGCUAAAUGAGACAACUAAACGUCAUCACGCUGACCGUUAGCCGCUAGCUAAAGCUGCUAGCUAAGGAGGUUAGCUUUUUACUGUUGGAAAUUGCAUUUGAAAAUCCUGAAAGUAGAGAUAAUAUGUGGAGAUGAUGCUCCGGAACCCAGAGUUUAUUUCUUGUAAUUACCGACAUUCCUCUUGAACAAUCCCAUUAGUUUUGUGGAGGAAGCCGAUUGCGAUGCUAACUGUGCGCCGCUCAUCACUGCACCACUCUCUUUAAGAUCUGAAAGUGAGAUGUUGAAUACAUGUAGAUCCUCACAUUAGAGCUGCAGUCACACCUCUAGAGUCCAGCCCUACUUUAACAGGACAGACUUGUAACGGUUUGAUUUCCUUAAGACAGCCAUCCUGGUGUUUUUAGGAUCAUUUGCUAUAUAUUGUUUUCUCUUCGUGAGCAGUUGCUUUGCCCUGUCUGUUCUCCACACUAACAUGGAGCUGAUUUAAACUGACACCCUUCCCUCAGGCCCUCUUCCCUCAGCCUCUCUUUGAUUUUAACCCAUCACUUGUCUCUUCAGUUUAUGUAGCUUGUUAUAUGUGAAUAGAAUGAAAAUGCUGAUAUUUUGUAAAUGAACUCGAAUCAUGAUUUUAUUCUAUACCAAAAGAGACUGCAAACUAUUAGAAUAUCAUAUUUUCUCUAAGGUUUUUUUUCCUUUUAUAAUAAAUUGAUGUUUGAAGUAAUCAAAUCUUUUAAAGGAUGUUUACAGGAGAUAGAGAUUUAUUUUAAUCACUGCCUUUUUCUCUGUUGAUGUCUCCUCUUUGUGUUGAAUAUGAUUUAUUUGUAUCAUUCCGGCAGCUUUGUGAAUCUCCUCUGUGUUUAGGCUGUGUCGUCAUGGCUACAUAA